UACUCAAGGUUACCGCGCUAUCACUCGAGCGCGCGCCUUCGAGCGGACAGGUGGCAGUGUGUGUCGCUCCGUGCGUAUCCCAUCGUUUGCUUUCGGACAGCGGACCGCGAAACAUGAUCGUUUUCUCCAUUGCAUUCGUCACGAUUAGAGACCGUCGGUUCGACGAUCGACCGCCGUCGGAAUUGUUCUCGAAGCAGGUAUCGCCCAUCGCAAUUUGCCAACUCGGGACGAGAAUUGGAAGGACGAGGAGAACGGGGGACACUCGAGCGGAAUGGGAUGGAGAGAGUCGCGCAUUAUCGUCUCAUCGCGAUGUUUAAUUGCUUUUUUAACGCCUCUGCUCCCGGAUAUACAUCGCGCGCGCCUCGAACGUUGUUCCAAGCCGGGGCUUGGUCGCAACUCUUUUCUCUUUUAUUAUCUCUCGAAAGCGUGGAAUGGUACGCGAAUCGGAAUGACGAAGAAUAACGAGAAGCGAUACGGGGCUUCGAGAUUUGUCAAUAAUACUCUUAUCUCGCCGGAUUUGCGCGUUAAAAGGUACGUAACGAUAUUGAAUAUCGAUCGUGCGCUUUCGAAUUAGUCGCAAUUAGAUGUCGAAUCGAUCCGCAUCGUGUCGCACGACAAUGUGAAGCAGAGUGAAGUUGCCGAUGUCACUCUGGAAUUUUUCUGUCGGACGAAACGUCGCCGGUAUGGAACGGAUUUGCUCCGAGAUCGAGCAAUGUCGCGGCGCCUCGGAUCAGUAGCUCCGCGUCUCGAUCUAGUGCAAAUAAUGGAGUGAGUGUAUCGGCGUGUAUCGCGGCAUCGAUUCAAUGAGUGAUCUCGGCCGUGCCGAGGGUCGAUUGACAACAGAGGGCUGACGGAUAGAGGAUAGAGGUUACGCUCGCGAGCACCGUGUCCCCCGGACGCUCGCUCGUCGCGGUCGCAUUUGUCGCGUUUCUCAUCGUGAUGUCAAUCGCCCCGAUCUCACUCACCCCGAAACAUUCGAGCAUAUAUAACGUCUAUCGCUCCAAAAGGCAAGAAACGCGGUGAGGCGAGGGUAUAGUUGGCCGUGCAAUAGAGUGAAGUUGGCCGCGCGAGUUUCGAACUUUGGAAACCGUGAUUCGCACGAGAUUCGCUAGCUGAUUUGAGAGAUGUCGCGAGUGUCUCGAAUAGCACGUCCGUGUUUUUCCCGCGCGUUCCUCCCCCGCGCUGUGAAUGUUGUGUAUACCGUAUUCUCUAUCAACGCCUCGAGAAUGCCGUUCUGAUCGCGUUUUCGCGAGUGUCAGUGCUAGUGUUCUGUAAUCGCCAUGGAGGAGCGACAAUGGGAGGGCGAGAAAGGAGGAGGAGCGACAACGGAAGGACGAGAGAUGAGGAGGAGAUGGAGGAGUAUCUUGAGGAGACACCGGACGACGACGAAGCUCUCGCGAAUGGGAGACGCGGUCUGGCGAUGCUCCUGUCAUGUGCAGGAUGCGAGAAACCGAUAAUGGAUCAGUACCUGCUGAACGUUUUGGACCGUGCAUGGCACGUCGAGUGCGUGCGCUGUUUCGACUGCAGAGCCGCGUUGCAGGACAAGUGCUUCUCCAGGGAGGCGAAGCUCUUCUGCAGGAACGACUUCUUCAGGCGAUACGGCACCAAGUGCGGCGGCUGUCUCCAAGGGAUAAACCCGCAGGACCUUGUGAGGAAAGCGAGGGACAAGGUUUUCCACCUGAAUUGCUUCACCUGCCUGGUGUGUCGGAAGCAGAUGAGCACCGGCGAGGAGCUCUACGUCCUGGACGACAACAAAUUCGUUUGCAAGCAGGACUACCUGUCGGGCAAACCGCUGCCGGACACGCAUCACGUGCACGGUCACCACGAACCGUCCAACCUGUCGGCAGGCGGAGACUCGCUGAUGGGCUCGGGAUCGGAAGACGAGGACGAAGACGGUAGUGCCCACCAUCACCAUCACGACUCGGCCGUUCGCGGCGCUCAUCUCGGGACCCACAACAUUGGUGCGGGUGGUCCCGGCGACCAGACCGUCGGCCACGGCGGCGAACUACCUCUCGGUGGCGAUCCCUGCAAGCAGGAGGACUCCGAGGAUCAAGGUUCCCUGGACGGCGAUCCCGAAACGAGGGACAGUCAGACGGAAAACAAGAGCCCAGACGGCGGCGCCGGCGGUGGCAGCGGCGAUGGCAGCGCCGGCUCGAAGCGACGCGGCCCGCGGACCACUAUAAAGGCGAAACAAUUGGAGAUCCUGAAAACGGCCUUUUCGUCGACCCCGAAGCCCACCAGGCACAUCAGGGAACAGUUGGCGAAAGAGACCGGCUUGCCCAUGAGAGUCAUACAGGUCUGGUUUCAAAACAAGAGGAGCAAGGAGCGCAGGCUGAAGCAGCUGACGUCGAUGGGCAGGAACCCCUUCUUCGGGGGCUCGCGCAAGAUGCGCGGAUUCCCGCUGAACCUGAACCCGGGCGCCCUCGGUGGCGAGGACGGACCACCGCCCGGUUUCCCGUAUUUCGGCCCGGACAAGUUCGAAUUCGGCUACGGCGGCCCGGUGGCCUUCCAUCACGAGUUCUUCGGCGCGCAUCCGCCCCCGCAUCCGCAUGGACCGCAUUUUGCCGGUACGGGAAAUCCAGGCCUGGACCCGGCCAGUUUAGCGGGCAUGGCAGCCGCAGUGGCGGUGGCAGGGGAAUACCCACCUCCGGGCGCGGGGGGCGGCCCUCCGGAAUUUCUCACGGGGCCCCCGGAGGGGCCCCCUGCGCCCACCGGCGGCAGCCCCGGAGAGUUCCUGGCACCUUCAGGUGGAGGGCAAGGUAAUCCGAGCGGCGGCGGCGGCGGAAACGGCGGCGGCCCGGGUGGCGGCGGCGGCGGUGGCGGCGGCGUCGCGGGCGGCGGGUUCCUGGAGCCGCACCAGAUGCAGAGCGAAGGGCUCGCCUGGUAGUACGAGUUUUAAUUAACGUCCCUUUUAUGAUAAUAACAAUUCCGCCCGCGCGCCUAAAACCGAAACGGGAUCGCGAGAGCGCGCCGCCGAAGCGCGAGAGCGAGAGCGAGGAACCGGCGGCGGCGGCGGCUGCGGCGGCUGCGGCUACAGCGAUUUCGAGUCCGGAGGGCGACGGAAGGCUCGGCGCUUCGUUGCUUUCCUUCCCACCCUCGGGUUUUUUCCGUUUCUUUUCGUCCUGUCCCUCCCAUCCUUUCCGUUUCGCAUUGCGAUCGCGAUUGCGAGUCGUCGUGAAAUAUCGACUCGCAAUACCACUUAUGUAAGAUACAGACACGAAGCGUUUAUCCGUGCGUGAUUAUCGAUUCACGAUUAUCGUCGUCGACGCACGAUCGACGCUCAUUAUCUCUAUUGAUUACGCACCUCGGCGCCGCGACGCCGACGUUACUAUUUUCAUUAUUAUUAUUAUUAAUAUUAUUAAUUAUUGAUUAUUAUUAUUAUUGUGUAUAAAAUUCGAAGAGGCCCCUAUCGUGUAAUAUUGUACCCCUCCCUGUUGAUUAUUAUUUCUUUUCUCGACGUUACUUUGGAGACACCCUGUAGAUAUCUGCUGUUGUACACCUGAUAAAGACACGCGUACACCGGUCGCUAGACACGUACAUACACAUUAACACGCAACGUCACACGUGCAUACGAACAGAUACACGGAUACACGUAUCCACACACUUGGAGACACGCUGUACUAAUAUUAUCAUUAAAGUAUAAAUAUAAAUAGGAAACGUGUAAUUUGUAUCUGUUAAGAGCGGCGAGAUCGAUGUAAAUACACACGAGGAACACGCAGAAAACACAUUCUAUUCUCUCUCUUUGCUGAAAUGCGCGCGUGCCGAUUUGCGCGAGACGGCUGGACUUACUCUACGAACCGGAAGUAAAAAAAAAAAUAUAUAUAUAUAUGUAUAUGUAUUGUGACGUGACGCACAACACCGAGAGUAAGGCAGAUCGGGAAAGAGAUGCGCCGCCGCGACGCAUAACGAUUAUAAAUACUAUUAUAAUAAACCACCUCGUAUUUCCGUA